AUGUCUUCAAAGCGGGAGCAGUGGGUUCUUUACCCAGGAGCACAGGCAUCCGAUUUUUUGACGACGGAGUUUCCUAUCCUACAGCCUCCCCAGCGUAUGAAUAUCGCGGCAACAGAACCUCCAUCUCCUAUACACCUCGACCUGUCCCAGCCGAUGGACAAACCGAUGUUGCUUGCUGCUGGUGCGGUUGGUGGCUACGGUAAUCCGCAUUUCGUGUCAAGAUCAAAUCCACGACCAAUAUUCGCUACGAGAGGAGAAGAUGGCAUGUCGUUGGAAUUGGAAUUAGAGCUGAAACUACUUGCAGAUGUUGGGCUAGUAGGCUUACCGAAUGCUGGAAAAAGCACCCUCCUUCGGUCAAUCACCAAUAGCCGCGCCAGAAUAGGUAACUGGGCGUUUACAACACUCUCACCAAAUAUUGGGACUGUUGUUCUAGAUAACCUCACUGGGCGCCCAUUCACCCAGUCCAAGCCGGGAGCAAAACCGCGCUCCCGUUUUACGAUCGCUGAUAUACCCGGUCUAGUCGAAGACGCCCAUCUCAACAAAGGCCUAGGGUUGGGAUUCCUUCGACACAUUGAACGAGCGGGAAUUCUUGCGUUUGUUGUGGACUUGAGUGCCGGCGACGCCGUACAGGCUCUCAAAGGCCUAUGGCGGGAGCUUGAUGAAUACCAGGUUCUUCGAGAACAGCAACUCAACAUGGAGACAGAGAUCAGGUCCCCAAAUCCAGCCUUCAAUAGUAGCUGCGACGAGCCACGGGUCAUUGACGCAUAUUCGGAUGAUCUUGAUUCAGACUUUGCAGCCCCAAUACAGCGAACGAACCUCCCAGAACUCGAGGUUCAGCCCGUGUACACGAAGCCCUGGUUUGUCAUCGGCACAAAGGCUGACUUGCCAGAAACCCAGGAGAACUUUGCGUCUCUGCGUGCGUAUCUCGCUGAUGUUGAGCGGGGCCUUGUGGAACAUCCUGCUCGUCGCCAAAACGCCUGGCGGGAACGCAUAUAUUCCAUACCUACCAGCGCCAUCAAUGCCGCAGGCGUAAAUAGCAUCCCUCAAACAGUCGUUCAGUUGUUGGACGGGCAUCACUUAGGAUAG